AAACUCAUUCGACACUUGUGCAGCUUCAACACGUUUCUCAUUUCUCUAUCUCUCUUCUUUUCUUUGGACAUUUUGAUCAUUCUCUUGCUUUCUCCUCUAUAUUUAGAGAGAAUAAUAAUCUUAGUAGUAGAAAGCAGGUCUUGAUCUGCUACUUUCUAUUAUACCCCAAAAGCAGAUAUCCAAUCAGCUAUCAAAGAUGAAGAAAGUGGUGCUGAAAUUGGAGUAUUUCGAUGACAAAAUCAAGCAAAAGGCCAUGAAAAAAGUGUCUGGUCUUGAAGGGGUCGAAUCAAUUUCGAUAGACUCAAAGGAGAAGAAAUUAACAAUAACAGGGAACAUAGAUCCAGUGUCAUUAGUUUCCAAAUUGAGGAAGCUCUGUCACACUGAUAUCCUCUCUGUUGGACCAGCAAAAGAGCCCGAAAAGAAGAAAGAUGAAGGGGCCAAAAAAGACGAUGCUAAAAAGGGCGAUGACAAAAAAGGAGGAGAUGAAAAGAAGAAAGAUGGGAAAGAUGAGGCCCCUGUUAUGAAAGCUUUCCCAGCUCCUAUGUUUUAUCCCUAUCAACAACCUUAUCAACCCCCUGUUCCUGCUUAUUAUCACCACCGAAGUGUCGAAGAGGAUCCUAAUUCUUGUGUUAUUUGCUAAGUCCUUCAUAAUGGAUUUAAUUCAUACCCUCUUAUUAUGUAUUUAUAUAUAUGUGAGUUUUGAGAGAUUGUAGAGUAAUUAAGGAAAAAAAUAUCUUGUACAAAUUUUUGUUUUUCUUUACCCCCUUACAUUUUUGUUCUAGUUCAAUAAUUUUAUUUCAUUAAAGGACAUCUCAGUUCAUUAGAAAAUCUCUAGUUGAUGCAUAUAUAUUGAAAUGUUGGUUUGAUA